AUGCUUGAAGCCAAAAGAGAGGAAAGGCCUUCCAUGAAAGAUGUAGCCAAAGAGCUAAACGAAUUAGUGCGAGAGAUGGAACAGCAUCCAAGUGGAGGAGGAGAGGCUGAUAUACCUCCAUCUCCCAAAGAUACCGGCAACUUGGGUGGGUCAUCUGCUUCAAGUGCUUCCGUUGGGGAUACAAUAACCAGUGCAGAGUGA